AUGAAAUCCAAGGUGUCUAGUACCAAGGAUAUGCCAUAUCCCCAAGCCCCAAGCAAAAAAGAUAAAGAGAAGCAAUUUGCACGCUUCAUGGAGCUUUUUAAGAAGCUUCAAAUCAACAUUCCAUUCUCAGAGGCAUUGGAGCAAAUGCCCACUUAUGCGAAAUUCAUGAAAGACCUCUUGACAAAGAAGAGAAAGUUCAUUGAGCAAGAGAUCAUUGAGUUGGAAGCGAGGUGCAAUGCCAUAAUUCAAAAGAACUUACCUCCCAAGUUCAUGGACCCUGGAAGCUUUACAAUCCCAAUCACUAUUAGGGACCUAUCAGUUGGAAGAGCACUGUCGGACUUAGGUGCAAUCAUUAACCUCAUGCCUUUGUCUAUGUUAGAUAGAGUUAGACAGGUGGUAGUAAAACCAACACGCAUGACUUUGCAGCUAGUUGACCGGUCUAUCAAGUACCCCUAUGGUGUGAUUGAGAACAUGCUAGUUAAAGUUGACAAAUUCACAUUUCUAGUUGAUUUUGUGAUUUUGGACAUGGAAGAGAACUCUACUGUUCCUAUUAUCUUGAGAGGCCAUUUAUGA